AUGCCCAAGGGCAUCACUCAGAUACUGCCUCGAUCACACAGUCUCAAGCGAUGGAUAUUGGCUGUUUCUGUUGCCCUCGUCUUUAUUCACGUCCUUGGUCGAUCGAGGGAAGAGGACCACUUUCCAGACCUAUACGACGCAUCAAUCCCUGAGUUGCAAGAUGGGUUGGACGCAGGUCAUUUUUCCAGUGUAGACUUGGUCAAUGCUUAUUUUGCGCGCAUAGAAGAAGUUAAUCUCAAAGGGCCUACUCUCCGUGCGGUCCUCGAGACAAACCCGUCUGCGUUGGAGCAAGCAGCAGCUCUAGACGAGGAGAGGAGAAAGACAGGAAAGAGGUCAUUGAUGCAUGGCAUCCCUAUUCUGCUCAAGGAUACAAUUGCUACUCUUGCCUCAGAAGGCAUGAACACGACUGCAGGAUCCUACGCGCUCCUUGGAUCCAUUGUCCCAGAUGAUGCGGAAGUCGUCAAGCGCCUACGCAAAGCCGGAGCCAUCAUCCUCGGAAAAACCAACCUCUCAGAGUUUUCGCAUGCUAGGGGUGCUCUCGCACUCGGCUGGUCCGGCCGCGGCGGCCAGUCAGUCAGCGCGUUCUACCCCAACGGCGACCCUUGCGGCUCGUCGUCUGGCUCCGCUAUUGCUGUCUCCAUUGGCCUCUCUGCAGCAGCGCUCGGCACAGAGACAGACGGGAGUAUCGCCUGCCCUGCGAGUAACAAUAACAUUGUGGGUCUGAAACCGACAGUGGGGCUUAUUUCGGGUGCGGGAGUUAUCCCAAUUUCUUCUACACAAGACAGUGUCGGCCCAAUGACACGCACCGUCGCUGAUUCCGCCAUCCUUCUCUCUCUUGCAGAGCCCUCUUCCUCCGCGUCCAACUACACUCGCGCGCUUUCCCCCUCCUUCCUGAGCGGCAAACGCAUUGGUAUCCCCCGCCGAGUCUUCAUGGACCCAGCGAUCAGCGGCGUCGAUGCAUACGUGUAUGAGCGAUUUGCAUGGGCGCUGCGUGUGAUGGAAAAGUUGGGCGCGGUGCUAGUGGACCCGGCGGACCUGCCAGACGCAGACGAAAUACUAGUUGCGCAUGGGAACGAGACGCUGGUGUGUGAUACAGAUUUGAAGAUCGAACUGAACGCGUAUUUGGAGGCGUUGGAAGCGAACCCGUCGGGUGUGCGUAGUCUUGCGGACCUCAUCGCGUUUAACAACGCGCACCCCGAGCUCGAGAAGCCGCUUGGUUACGGAUCGCAGAGCGAUCUUAUCAGAGCACAAGCAACCACGGGCAGGAACGCGGCGUACUACGAGGCGCUGGCGCUGAACCGGGAGCUGGGCGCAACGCGUGGAAUUGAUGGUGCACUCAAGGCGUAUAACCUCGACGCGCUGGUGCUGCCUGCUCCGGGAUUUGUGUUUCCUGCGCCGGGGUUCGUCACUGGGCCACCAGCUAUCGCAGGCUACCCAAUUCUGACCCUCCCGCUCGGCUUCUACCCAGCACACACCCGCCCACGCGCGACGGGCCCACGGACGGUGUAUCCUGCCCCCGGUAUGCCGUUUGGUAUAAGCUUCUGGGGGACAAAAGGGAGCGAAGACGUGUUGCUUGGGAUCGGGUAUGCGUUUGAGCGUGCGACGAGGGUAAGGGAGGGUGGGAGAGGGAGUAUCACUCCGGUGGUGCAGCUGCGACAUGUUGUUGGGAGGAAGGUGCGAGUGCGGUGGUGGGAUUGGAGGGGUGGGUUGGGGUGGGUUAGGUAG